CUAAGGCGAACACUUUAUCGCAUCUUCAACCCCCAGGCGGCGUAGGUUCCAAGAGGCGCGCCUUAUACGACGCUUUUUGACGCCUUUUGCGCCUCUGAAUGGAUGUCUCUCUAGUCUUCUUCCUUAUUCCUUCUUCUCCCUUCUUCCUUCUGCGUUUGCUUUGCUUCCGAGUUCCCACAUCUGCUGUCCCGUUUCUUCUGCUACUUUCUUCCGCUACUUUCUCGCGUCGCAGGACUCACAGAGUAGUCGCAGGUAGGUAUUAAUUCAGCAUUCAAAGGCAUGAGGCGGUAUAUCCCACAUGUCAAAGGUAGGUAUUAAUUCAGCAUUCAAACGCCUCACGCCUCGGUAUAUAUCCCACACCCGAAAACUCAAGAGAUUUUCACCUCUUAUAAAGGGAACCCUCUUUGACCUCUUUGAAGGAGUUAAAUUCUUACGGGGAGAGCUCUUUCGCGCGCAGGGUGCCGAUCAAAUCUCGAAAACGGAGAAGAAAAACCGCGACUCGUGUGCGCGGGCGACCUGCAGACAUGAAUGUCGUCCGAAAAUCUAUCAUUCAAAGGCUGUAGCAGGGAGAUGAAAUUUAGUAAGCAGAAACCCGAAAUCGCAAUAGAGGAGAGCAAUGGACCUCCCCCAAGAUUGCCCACUUCAGUUAUGCAUUCUGUUUUCUCACAUUUCCAGUCAAAAAUUGGAAAGCCCCUACAGGUUAAUUUUGAAAGAUUAAAAAGGGGCGGAGAUGAAUUAAUGACUUCACUUGUAAGAAAAAAUGAGGCAUCUCUGGUCUUAGAUAUUGAUCUUGAGAACCAAAUGCAACCUUGGAAAGAGAAUCCUGUCUGGACUGAUCAUCCUCCAGAUAUAAAGGUGACCAUACCUGAAGGUUCACUGUGCAAGAUGAACGUGAAAGUGGAUGUUGGAUUGCCACCAGAUGCAGUUUACAACAUUGUAACUGACCCUGAGAAUAAGAAAGUUUUCAAGAAUAUUCAGAGUGUCGUAUCAAGGAAGGUGUUGGUUGAUGAAGGGUCAAGGCAGGUUGUGGAACUGGAACAAGCUGCUUUGUGGAGAUUCCUUUGGUGGUCAGGGACGAUAUCAGUGCAUGUCUUAGUAGACCAGAAUAGAGAGGAUCACACGAUGAAGUUCAAACAAGUAAAAACUGGUUUCAUGAAAAAAUUUGAAGGUUGUUGGAGAGUUGAACCCCUUCUUGUUGAUGAAAAUGUAUGUCAUCCAUUAAGACCUAAGAACUUGGCUGAUUAUGUUUCGUGCACAAAAGGAAAAGGAAGGGUUGGAUCAAGAUUAAGUUUGGAGCAGCUUAUCCAGCCUGCUCUUGUUCCGCCCCCACCCAUUUCUUGGUACAUUAGAGGAAUCACAACCAAGACUACAGAGAUGAUUAUAAAUGACUUGCUAGCCGAAACAGCCCGGAUUCGAAGCGCAUCUAGCAUGGAGAAUUCAAGAGGUUCCGUGGUAUCGUCCAAUGAGAGGUCUGGUGAAUCACAAUUUGAAAAUUUAGGCAAUGUAAAGGAGAGAUGGGCAUCAAGAAGAAAAAAAGCAAGGAAAUGUGGUAGAAGACUGUCUUUCAAAGAUUCUACCAAUAAGUGAUGCAUGCUUGAUCGAACUUCUUAAGCCAUUCUUUUUGUAACGAGCCAGCAAAAUGUUUCUUUGCAUGUGGGGUCUCAAAGAUGGAAACCUCUUGUAUACAAAAUCGAUGUGUGUAACAUUAGGCCAUGAGACUGUAGACAUCUAAAGUUAGUAGGUCAUUUGUUCAUAAAUCAAUUGGGCCUUCAAGAUAUUGUCAUUGAGCCUCAUUUUGUCCUAUUGGGCCUCUUACGAAUCUAUUAGGCCAACGUUCUACUAGACUGUUUGUCAAUGUUAUUUGUCUUAACAAAAGGAAAAUAUUAAUAUGGAUUUGUUCGGAUAAAAUUUAGUAAUUAAGUUAAUUUGGG